AUGAUCAACGAAAACUACGGAAACGUCAUCUUUGGUCUUGCAAGCAUUUCAAUGCUCCUUGGAAGCAUUAAGCACAGCGAGUACAUUUCCGACAAUGUUGAGCUUUCGGAGCAGUAUUACUUCAGCUUCAAUAUCGGAAUAGUCAUUACCUGUCUCUUUGCAAACAUUUGCCUGGGAAUCUUUGCAUUGUUUAUUCUUGGCAACCUGUGCGACUUUAUCCAAAAGAUGACCGUAAACUUGAUUGGGGCAAGGCAAAAGCUUAGAGUUCUGGCUGUUUUGAUUUUCAUAAGCUUUGUGUUCUACUCGGGGUCAAAUACGGUCUGCUUUAUGAAAUCGUUUGUCCUGUCAGCUGUAGAAAGGAAGAUGGCCAUAAACAGUCUUAUAGUAUCGAUAUUGCAGCUAGUAAACAUGGUUGCAAUCCAUAUGGUUCAUCCCGAUGUGUUUGGACUGAAAUGGAUCAAGGAGGUGCGAGAGUACGACAGAAAUGAAAAGCUCAAGGUCACCUAUUUAUAA